AUGGGUGCGCAGCAGUCAAAGGACUCGCCUGAGGUGAUGGCAGCUGUCGCACAUGAAAAAGCCAUAUUAGAACGUCUGCAGGCGCUUAGCUCAGAAGACGGCUUUGUCCAUGUUGAUCACGAAAAGGGAGCACUCUUCAAUGGUGGCAUAUCUAGACAGCCGGAAAAGCUGGCUAUUGAACUUACGCAGAAUUGGCAAUCUAAGGUGCUUGCAGAUCCUAAGAACAGAUUAGCCCUCUCGGCUUUCAGCUCUGCGAACCCUCGAGAUGUUCUGGCUUCUCGGGCGACUAAGAUUACGGACCAGCAUGUGUUCAAUGUUCGCAUCCCGUUCGAGGGCGCUCCUAUCACAAAUCAGCGAUCCUCGGGACGAUGCUGGCUAUUUGCCAGUACUAAUAUAUUCCGGAUUGCUAUCAUGAAGAAGUACAACUUAGACUCCUUCGAGCUAUCACAGGCUUAUCUGUUUUUCUGGGACAAGCUUGAGAAGUCUAAUUUCUUUCUCGAGAAUAUCAUCGAGACUGCUGAUCAACCGUUGGAUGAGAGACUAGUCCAAAGACUACUUGCUGACCCUAUCAGCGAUGGUGGUCAGUGGGAUAUGGUUUAUAACCUGGUUGAAAAGUAUGGUCUUGUACCCCAGACUCUGUACCCUGAUAGCUGGAAUGCUAUGACGAGCAGUACUAUCAACUCUAUCGUUAUCGCUAAACUACGCGAGUAUGCUGUUGUCCUGCGCGAUUUAGCCAAAGGCUCGGCGACAACUGCUGCGAGUCUGUCGGCUAUCAAGGACAAGAUGCUACGAGAGGUGCACCUUAUCUUGACGUUGACCUUAGGACCACCACCUAGCACUUCCGAGGAGUUCGAAUGGAAUUUCCUAGACAAGGAAGGGAGGGCACGUUCGGUCGUUGCGACGCCGUACAAGUUUGCCAAGGACAUCUCGUCGCAGGAGUUCCGCAUUACCAGCUCUGCUAUCUCUAGUAUGGUCUCCCUAGUUCACGACCCGCGCCACGAGCCUCUAAGCCUGAUGACUGUCGACCGUCUGGGCAAUAUCGUAGGCGGUAGGGGAAUCACGUACAUCAACGUUGAUAUCGAGACCUUGAAGCAGGCGUGCAUAUCCAUGCUACGAGCCGGAUUGCCCGUCUUUUUCGGGUCCGACGUGGGCAAGUACAGCGAGCGGGGUAGCGGUAUUAUGGAUCUAGACCUUUUUGAUUACGAGCUUGGCUUUAACGUCAACCUCUAUGGAAAGCUGAACAAAGCGGCUCGCCUCCGCGUCGGCGAGUCCGCGAUGACCCAUGCCAUGGUGCUGACGGCGGUCCACGUCGACGGCGACGGUCGGCCCGUCCGCUGGAAGGUGCAGAAUAGCUGGGGCACGGAUGUCGGGUCCAAGGGAUGGUUCGUGAUGAGCGACCGCUGGAUGGACGAGUUUGUAUACCAGGCUGUGGUUGACCCGAAGUUCCUCGCUAGAAAGGUUAGAGACGUGCUAACUAAGGAGCCGAUUGUGCUGCCCCUAUGGGAUCCUAUGGGGAGCUUGGCUUAA